ACGCAGCGCGGCGCCGAAUCCGACAUUCGGACGUGGAGGGAGGCGUUUGCUGUAGUCAGUGAGUGUGGAAGAUCGUUGGAAUCACAUCAAAAUUAUAUACUGCUUUGGUUAUUUUUUUUCUGGUUUUACUCAAAAUAUGAUUUGUAUUUUCAUUGUUUGCUUUCACCUCAGAAAGAACAUAUUUUUUUGAAUGAGAGACCACAUUACUUGCCCGGCGCCGGUGUAUGUCUUUUUUCUUCAUCAUCAUGAUCAUGUAUUAAUCGGACGAAUAAUUUUGAUGAGCAAUUGCUAUAGUUUCUGACUUUUUUGUUAAGUUAUAAAAUUAUUUAAUAAAAGCCGCUGACUUAUUAGCUAGCUAGCGUCAGGUGUCAGGUAUGCAACAGUGAAGCUAACCGGCUACCAAGCAAAGAUUUGGAGAUGUCUAAAAGGAAGAAUAGCUCAUUAAGUGAGGGUAACCACAAACGAGCAAGGUCCGCUCAAUGGGAAGAAGAUGAGGAGGGUGACACUGGGCCAAGUCAGGCCUCUUCUGUGACAUACACUUCACAAAAGACUUCAGGAGAAGUGGGCAUAGUUGAGAGCAUUUCCCUGAAGAACUUCAUGUGCCAUUCUUUGCUGGGGCCAUUUUCUUUUGGGUCAAAUGUCAACUUUAUUGUUGGAAACAAUGGAAGUGGCAAAAGUGCAGUUCUGACUGCGCUUAUUGUUGGCCUUGGAGGUAAAGCACACACAACAAAUAGAGGAUCUUCACUGAAAGGAUUUGUGAAGGAAGGAGAAAGUUCAGCAGAUGUUUCCAUUACAUUACGCAACAGAGGGCAGGAUGCUUAUAAACCAGAGGUGUUUGGUGAGUCCAUCAUCGUGGAGCUGCGACUCUCCAGUGAGGGGCUUAGAACCUACAAACUAAAGAGCAAAAUCGGUCAGCUUGUGUCUUCGAAAAAAGAUGAGCUGGUUUCCAUUCUGGAUCACUUCAAUAUCCAGGUGGACAACCCAGUGUCAAUACUGACACAAGAAAUGAGCAAGCACUUCUUACACUCAAAAGGUGAAGGCGAUAAAUACAAGUUUUUCAUGAAAGCAACUCAGUUGGAGCAAAUGAAAGAGGACUACACAUAUAUCAUGAAGACAAAGAAUAUGACCCAGAAUACAGUUGAGAAACAUGAGGAGUGCUUGGAGGACUUGAAGCGCAAGUAUUUGGAAAAAGAGGACAAGUACAAGAGUUUGGCUUCUCUGGAUGAAAUGCAUGCAAAGUUGGAGGAACUUCAGAAUCUGAUGGCAUGGGCCCUGGUCACUGAAAUGGAAAAAGAGAUAAAGCCCAUGAGGGAGAGGAUUGUGGGUGAAGAGAAUGCCACCAUCAAGUAUGACCAGAAAGUAGAGGAAUGGAAGCUCGAAGUGGUAGAAGCAGAGAAGCAGUACAAGCAAACACAUGACCAGCUGGACAGCAUCUCACAGCGUGUGCAGGAGCUUCAGCCACAGUGCUCAGAGCUCAGAGAUGAAGUUCAGAACCGCAGCAAAGCCUUCAAGGAGGCUGAGGCCACCUUCCAUCGCUCUAAGACCAAUCUGAGGGACCUAGAGAGGGACAAGGAGCAGCUUGUGAAGCGCAUCGAUGAGCUCAAGUGCAGUAUUCUUCAGUUAACGGGUGCAGAGAGCCGGGAGAGGGCAGAGAGGAUCAGCAAGCUCCAGUCAGAGCUUGAUGCCUUGAACCAUAAAGACUCUACCCUUGCUCAGCAAAUCAACCAGUUCCAGCAAGUGGUGGCCAGGGGCAAAGAAGAGCUGACUAAGAUGCGGCAAGAAGAAAGGGAGUUGCAUCGUUCUGUGGAGGCUAAGCAGAGGGACCUCAAUGCCAUGGUGGCUAGCAGGACAGAUAAAAUCAAGCGCUUUGGAGAGCGGAUGCCUGCGUUGCUUGAAACCAUCAAUGAGUUCCAUAGGAAAGGACAUUUCAGAAAGAAACCCGUGGGUCCAGUGGGAUUCUGCAUCCGCCUCAAAGACCCUGAGCUGGCACUGGCUGUAGAGAGCUGCCUGAAGAGCCUGAUGCUGGCCUUCUGUUGUGACAACUUCAAGGACGAGAAGACCCUGCAAAGCAUCAUGUCAGAACACUACCCUCAGGGCAGGAGGCCCCUGAUCAUAGUCAGCGAGUUUUCCAGCUCUAUGUACAAUAUCAGUGGGAAAGCUGCUCAGCACCCAGAUUAUCCCACGGUGCUAGAAGCUUUGGAGGUUGACAACCCAGUGGUGGCAAACUGUCUGAUUGACAUGCGUGCAGUUGAAACAGUUUUGGUUAUUAAGAGCAAUGCAGAUGCACGGCGGGUGAUGCAGAAUGGCCGUCCCCCAGUUAACUGCAGAGAGGCGUUUACAAAAGAAGGAGACCAGGUCUUCCCUAACCGCUACUACUCUUGCGAGUACCAGCGAGCACAGUACCUAAGCAAGGAUUUGGAAGAACAAAUCAGAUACAUGCAGUCAGAGAUUGAGAAUGAGAAGGCCCAUCUUUCAAGGUUCAGGAAACGGAUGAACGAUAUAGAGGAUGACAUACGAAGCAAUGAAAGUCUGCUGAGGAGUGCAUACGAUGACAGGAAGAGAACCAAGAGCACAAUUACUAAGAUUCAGAUGGAAAUGGCUGAUCUGCAGAAUGUUGAAGAACCCCAGUCUGAGGACCUAAACCCUCUGGAGGAGGAGCUGCAGGAGAUCUGUGUCAGGAUCAGUGAUGCCAGGCAAGAGAGUGAUGAGGCCCGACAGAAAAUGAAUGAAAGGAGGAAGGCCUUUGAAGAGGCAGAACAGAGCUACCGGCAGCAUAAAGAUAUCAUUAACAACGUGGCAGAGGAAGCAGAGCGAAUAAAGGAAGAACUUAGUAAAUGUGACCAGGAAGUGGAGAAGUCCAAGCAUCACAAGAAACACUACGAAGAGAAAAGAAAGACGCACAUCAAUGGGAUUCAGAAGCUCAAGGCUGAUCUGGAUGUCAAAGAGAAGGAGCUCAUGGCCUCUGUUGCAAAGGCAUCUGAAAUCUGCCUUGAGCGCCUGGAGGUGAAGAGAACAGCUAAAAGCAUAGACAGUGAAAUCAGUCGACUAAAGCAGAAGAUCAGCAAUCAGCAAGACCAGCAGGGGGACAGAGAUGAGGUCAUCAGACAGUACCAGGAGGCUUUGGAGAACUAUAGGAAUAUAGCUCUGCAGGUGAAGACCCUUAAGAAGUUCAUUGGCCUCCUGGGAAAGAUCAUGAAUGACCGCCACAAAAUGUACACUGAGAUGAGAAUGUAUCUUUCAGUGCGCUGUAAGUACUACUUUGACUCAAUGCUGUCUCAAAGAGGAUAUACAGGAAAGAUGACCUUUGACCACAAAAAUGAGACAUUGUCCAUCUCGGUUCAACCAGGAGAGGGUGACAAAGCGACUUUGAGCGAUAUGCGCUCUUUGUCAGGGGGUGAGCGUUCAUUCUCCACUGUAUGCUUUGUGCUUUCCUUGUGGGCCAUCGCCGAGGCUCCCUUCCGCUGCCUGGACGAGUUCGAUGUCUACAUGGACAUGGUUAACCGAAGAAUAUCUAUGGACAUGAUGUUGAAAAUAGCCGCCAGCCAGCGUUACAGGCAGUUCAUUUUUCUUACCCCUCAAAGUAUGAGCUCUCUUCCAGUCAACAACCUGAUCCGAAUUCUCCGCCUAAAUGACCCAGACCGCGGACAGACAUCACUUCCCUUUGGCAGGAGUAAUCAGGAGGAGGCGAUCUACAAUAAAUGAGCGAUCUUAUUUUCCCUGCUGCACAUUCUUAUUGUGCAUGUGUUUCUGCACAAUUUAAUAUUUUUAUUAUUUUUACUGCGAAUGCUGUAUAGUCCAUGUUAUAACCACUUAACCAGGUCUUCUAAAAAAUAAAAAUGU